GCGCAGGCUUGGUCACGUUACGGUACACAAGCAUUUGUCACGGGGCGACGUCCAGCCGGCCACCCUCGCCUCUAUGCAAGCAUCAGCUACGAAGGGGCCGUACGUCCGCGACAACAUCUCCGAGGCCUCUUCUCCCUCGGACGCCCAGUACUACAACCCGUCGUCAACGCCCAAGUCCAUGGCGUUCCAGCACUCUGAGUGCGACAUACCGAGCACGCUCGCCGGUCCAGGCAAGGACACGGACCGCCUCGGCUGGUUCCACGCCAAGAUCCGCAUCGAGAACUCGAUCCACUGGGCCAACAACUUUGCGAUACAGGCGCUCAUGCUGCUCUUCUUCCUCUGCGCGCUCGCCGCGACGAUUGCGAUCCCGGCGCUCGGGUACCGCGUCUCGGUCGGGCUCCUCGCCGGUGGCACGGUUACGAUCGUCUCGGCGUCGGCCGUCAUCUACACGUAUUGGCACCUUCCGUCGUGGAAGAAGCACCCGAACCCGCUCAUCUUUUACCGGAGUCUCUGCGACGUGGGCUUUGUGCUCAUUCUGCUCUUCACCGAGCUCUACAAGUGCGGCAACGGCGGGUGCAACUUCAGCCUCCAGAAGAACGUGACGGACAUUGAGACGCUCGAUAUUCUGUCCGAGAAGGGCUGCAACGUGGCUGCUGGCUUCACGCAGUUCUUCCUCCUCGGCUCCGAGUGCUGGUUCUGCGUCAUGACCUACGACAUGUACACGUCCGUGCGCAGUCCAUUCACGGACUUCAAGCGCAACGUUCGCUUCUACCACAUCUUUGUCUGGGGCUUUGCGCUGCUCACGAGCAUUCUCCUCGUGUCGCUCGACAAGGCCGGACCGUCCGAGUUCAACUACUGCUGGGCCAAGCCCGUGCACAAGGACACGGGCAGCUCGAGCAGCCAGACCAACCUCCUCUGGGCCAUCAACACCACGUCGUGGGGAUUUUUCUACAUCUGGAUCAUCCUUUUCUGGGUCGUGGCACUCUGUGUCAUUGUGUUUGCAUGGAAGCGGCUCAAGGCCGGCCUUGCGGAAACCCUCCGCCUUCGCCUCCGCGUCUUGCACUCGGUCACCGUCUACGUGAUCGCGAUCAUCAUCUACUGGGCGAUCACAUUUGGCGUCUACGUGCCGUACCUUGUGCUGGGCCUCGUCAACAACCCGAACUCGUACACGGCGCUGACCCAAGUCAUGAUGUUCUUCAUCACGUGCAAGGGGUACUUUGACUUUAUCGUCUGGUUCCAGAUUAACGAGCUCUCAUUCGGCGACGGUCUCCUCGUCGGGAACGCGCCCAACUCGAAGAAGGGCCUUCCGGUCGACGUCGACUUGAGCCCGCAAGUGAAUCUGGCGCUGCGCUGUGAAGUGCUCUACUACACAACGACCGGCAUCAUCCAAGCGGCCAAAGAGAUCGUGACGCUCCCGGACAAUGCGACCGUCAACCAACUGCGACUGCUGCCGCAAGGCCAAACGACCCUUGACGCGCCGACGUCGACAACGAUCUUUACCGACUUUUGCCCGCACGUGUUCCACGCGAUUCGGCACCACUUUGGCGUCUCGACCGAGGCGUACGUGCAGAGUCUGAGCAAGACGACCAAGGAGCGGCUCAGCGAAGGCGCAAGCGGCGCGUUUAUGUUUUUCUCGCAGGACCAGCAGCUCAUUGUCAAGAGCAUGAGCCCGGGCGAAGCGUCGUUUCUGCAGGCGAUCGCGCCCGAGUACGGCAGCUACCUCCUCUCGCACCCGGACUCGCUCCUCACGCGGUUUUACGGCUGCCACUCGGUGCAGCUCUAUGGCAGCACGUUCUACUUUGUCGUCAUGGCCAACUUGUUUUGCGACAACUCCAAGACGAUCCACCGGCGCUACGACAUCAAGGGCAGCUGGGUCAACCGGUCGGCCAAGCAGCCGACGAAAGGCAAGAGCGUCACGUGCCGGCACUGCAACGGCAAGUUCAUCUUUGGCGUCGCGGACGCCGAGUCGAACGCGUGCCCUCUCCGCGUUGGCGGCAACCACGAGCCAAACGUAAUCCUGAAGGACAACGACUUGACGCAGAAGGUCCGGCUCAACGAGGUCGAAGCCGAAGAGCUCUACGCGCACAUUUGCAAGGAUGCUUCGUUCCUAGCGAGCCAUGGCAUCAUGGACUACUCGCUGCUCAUGGGUGUCCACAACGUCGAGUACCGGGUCACAGACGACAUGGAGCUCGAGCUCGAAGAAGCCGAAAACUCCAAGAGCCUUUUGCUCAACAACAACAUCAAGAUGAAGGCGCGGGACGGCAGUGUCGCCAAGAUGCGGGAUCCAACGGGCACCGAAGACGAGGACGCGCUGCUCUCGGAGGGCCUUCCCCACCUCUUCAACGGCACACGUCGCGCCAACACUGUGGUCGGGCCCGCGUGCUAUUACUUUGGCAUUAUCGAUAUUUUGCAGCUCUGGAACUUUGACAAGAAGCUCGAGCGCGGGUUCAAGCUCCACGCCCUCCGAAAGGACCCGGAUGGUCUCUCGGCCGUGCCGCCGACUGCGUACAAGGACCGGUUCUGCCUCAAGAUGGCGGAAAUCCUCAGCAUCGGUGUCCACGACGAAGACAGCGUCCCCGUCGACGUCAACAGCAGCCUCGAAUCGCCCGGCGACGGACUGCACAAGCGCUACCACCUCUGAGCCUUCCCUUCGAUUCGCUUUGAAAUAAAAAAGAAAUUGUAUUCUGUGCAGUCUCUUCGUUCC